AUACUCGACAGAAUGAUUAUAACCGAGAACAAUGAAGCAUAUUUGAGCCUAGGAGAUUUGAAAAAGUUGAAUCACCUUCAAUCUCAUCAAACAAGUUUUUGGAUAGAUAAUUGUCGUAAUUUGAUAAGUAUGGGUGAGAAUAAGGAAAGAGUGCUGGUGAAUUGGAAAUGUCUUCUUCAUCUAAUUCUAAGUUUUAAAGAGAGUGAUGCAGAAAUGUGUGAAGAUGAAUUUAGGAUACUUGAAGCCUUACAACCACAUCCAGGCUUGAAAAAUUUAUAUAUCAGAUCAUAUAGGGGUACCAAUUUAUAUACCAAAUGGAUGUUGUCCUUAGUUCAUUUGAAGAGUCUAUACUUUUCACAGUGCGUGCAUGUUGAGACAUUGCCUCCUUUGGGAAGCCUACCUUCACUUGAAAAGCUUGGUGUUCGUUGGUGCGACAAACUGAGAAAGAUAGGUGUUGAGUUUCUGGGAAAUAUUAAGCAUAAUAAUAAUAAUGUAUCAUUCCCAAAACUGAACCUCCUUUACUUUUAUUCUAUGAAGAAUUGGGAAGAAUGGGAAGGCAAUAUUGAAACAACAGAGCAUACAGAUGAUGCAGCUGGUGGAGCAAUUAUUAUGCCGUGUCUUGAUACCUUGCGAAUAAUAAGUUGUGACAUUCUUAAAUCACUACCAGAGUAUCUGAAACUGACUCCAUUGAAAAUGUUGUCAAUCGGGGACUCCAAAAUGCUAUGGCAAUCUCUGGCACUAUCAGAAAAAGAGUGGCUCAAGAUUUCUCACAUCCCAAACAUCGAAAUUGAUGAGGGCAUAGUGAUCAGGAGAGAUGGCAAAUGGAAUUACGACGAAUUAGCAAGACGUGGUUUUUCCAAAGCAUUUGUGCAUAAUGGAAAUGAAGAAGCAAAGAAUUCGACCAAAGAGAGAAGAGAGAGAGAGAGAGAGAGAGAGAGAGAGAGAGUGGGGAGAGUGUUUGGAUUGGUUAUGGGGAACUGCAACGCAUGCAUCAGAGCAGAGACAGCGGACGACAAGUCGUACCACUCGAAGAAGAACAAGAACAAUAACAGCAACAACAGGAAGAAGAAGAAGAAGAAGAAGAAUAGCAGGGAGAGAAGACCCAAUCCUUAUUCGGAGGACCCAAUCCGAUCCCCAGCUCCGAUUCGGGUUUUAAAGGACGUGAUCCCACUGAGUCACCGGACUCGGAUCGGAGACAAGUACAUACUGGGUCGUGAACUCGGACGCGGCGAGUUCGGAAUCACGUAUCUCUGUACCGACCGAGAGACCAAACAAACCCUCGCUUGCAAAUCAAUUUCUAAACGAAAGCUCAGAACUGCGGUGGAUAUAGAGGACGUGAGAAGAGAGGUUGCGAUAAUGUCAACUCUGCCUGAGCACCCAAACAUUGUAAAGCUGAAAGCGACGUACGAGGACAGCGAGAAUGUGCAUUUGGUUAUGGAGCUUUGCGAAGGAGGUGAGCUUUUCGAUAGGAUUGUGGCGAGAGGGCAUUACAGCGAGCGAGCCGCGGCUACAGUCGUCAGGACCAUAGCCGAGGUGGUGAGGAUGUGUCACGCCAAUGGAGUUAUGCACAGGGACCUGAAGCCCGAGAAUUUCUUGUACGCUAACAGGAAAGAGCAUUCGCCGCUUAAGGCCAUUGAUUUUGGCCUCUCGGUGUUCUUCAAGCCUGGGGAGAGAUUUUCGGAGAUCGUGGGGAGUCCGUACUACAUGGCACCGGAGGUGUUGAAAAGAAAUUAUGGACCGGAAGUUGAUAUAUGGAGUGCCGGAGUGAUUCUUUAUAUACUGUUAUGUGGGGUUCCUCCAUUUUGGGCAGAGACUGAACAGGGUGUUGCUCUUGCAAUUUUGAGGGGUGUGAUUGAUUUUAAGAGAGAACCGUGGCCUCAGAUUUCAGAUAGUGCUAAAAGCCUUGUCCGGAAGAUGUUAGAACCGGAUCCGAGAAAGCGCUUGACUGCUCAACAGGUGCUUGAACAUUCCUGGUUACAAAAUGCAAAGAAAACUUCAAAUGUUCCAUUAAGCGACAUUGUAAGAACAAGGCUUAAGCAGUUCUCUGUCAUGAAUAGGUUCAAAAAGAAAGCGUUGAGGGUAAUUGCAGAACACUUAUCUGUUGAAGAAGUAGAAGUAAUAAGAGAUAUGUUUACAUUGAUGGAUACUGACAAAGAUGGCAAAGUAUCAUAUGAGGAGCUUAAGGCUGGGCUUAGAAAGGUUGGUUCACAAUUGGCUGAACCAGAGAUGAAGAUGCUGAUGGAAGUGGCUGAUGUUGAUGGGAAUGGAGUACUGGACUAUGGAGAGUUUGUAGCAGUCACAAUUCACUUGCAGAAGAUGGAGAACGAUGAGCAUUUCCGUAGGGCGUUUAUGUUUUUCGACAAAGAUGGUAGUGGAUAUAUCGAAGCAAGUGAGCUUGGGGAAGCCUUAGCGGAUGAAUCUGGGGAAACCGAUAAUGAUGUGCUGAAUGACAUCAUGCGAGAAGUUGAUACAGACAAGGAUGGACGUAUCAGUUACGAGGAGUUUGUUUCCAUGAUGAAAACUGGAACUGAUUGGAGAAAAGCAUCUCGACAAUAUUCGAGAGAAAGAUUCAAAAGUUUGAGUCUCAACCUGAUGAAAGAUGGUUCGCUGCAGCUUCAUGACAGUCUUACAGGUCAAGCUAUUGCUGUAUGAGCCUAAAGUUUUCGCAAUCUAUUUUGUUUUGCGCCUGCUGAGUGUUGCCUUUAUCAUCCAUAUGCCUGAGGAACAUCGGCUGACAGAAUGAGUUACCGGAGCCAUACUUAAUGCACGGCCAAUUUUCUUGACCUGACCUAAAAUGGUUUUAGGCUGUAUGAAGCUGGAGUUAAAAGGACUUGCAUUAUGAACUAUAGUUGUCAGCUUUUAGUGGGGGAUAUUGGAUAUGCAUACUUGUAACUUACCGUUUCCAAAUUCUAUGUCAAAGUCUACUUGUAUAUUUAUCAUGUCAUUUGUGCUUGAAAUGAUUUGAUUUAGUAUUUGUGCAGAAAAGUUGUGUUUUUAUUGGUGAUGUGAACUUUUUGAGGGCAUCUUCUAAGAGUCUUUGUUCUAUAUAUAUAUAUAUAUUUAAAAAGCAUAUUAUAAUUUCUGAAA